GAGUGAACAGAAUGAGCCACAGCCUGCACCCAGCAAAGCUGCCAGCCGGACAUCCACACAUGAGCCACAGCCUGCACCCAGCAAAGCUGCCAGCCGGACAUCCACACAUGAGCCACAGCCUGCACCCAGCAAAGCUGCCAGCCGGACAUCCACACAUGAGCCACAGCCUGCACCCAGCAAAGCUGCCAGCCCGACAUCCACACAUGAGCCACAGCCUGCACCCAGCAAAGCUGCCAGCCGGACAUCCACACAUGAGCCACAGCCUGCACCCAGCAAAGCUGCCAGCCGGACAUCCACACAUGAGCCACAGCCUGCACCCAGCAAAGCUGCCAGCCGGACAUCCACACAUGAGCCACAGCCUGCACCCAGCAAAGCUGCCAGCCGGACAUCCACACAUGAGCCACAGCCUGCACCCAGCAAAGCUGCCAGCCGGACAUCCACACAUGAGCCACAGCCUGCACCCAGCAAAGCUGCCAGCCGGACAUCCACACAUGAGCCACAGCCUGCACCCAGCAAAGCUGCCAGCCGGACAUCCACACAUGAGCCACAGCCUGCACCCAGCAAAGCUGCCAGCCGGACAUCCACACAUGAGCCACAGCCUGCACCCAGCAAAGCUGCCAGCCGGACAUCCACACAUGAGCCACAGCCUGCACCCAGCAAAGCUGCCAGCCGGACAUCCACACAUGAGCCACAGCCUGCACCCAGCAAAGCUGCCAGCCGGACAUCCACACAUGAGCCACAGCCUGCACCCAGCAAAGCUGCCAGCCGGACAUCCACACAUGAGCCACAGCCUGCACCCAGCAAAGCUGCCAGCCGGACAUCCACACAUGAGCCACAGCCUGCACCCAGCAAAGCUGCCAGCCGGACAUCCACACAUGAGCCACAGCCUGCACCCAGCAAAGCUGCCAGCCCGACAUCCACACAUGAGCCACAGCCUGCACCCAGCAAAGCUGCCAGCCGGACAUCCACACAUGAGCCACAGCCUGCACCCAGCAAAGCUGCCAGCCGGACAUCCACACAUGAGCCACAGCCUGCACCCAGCAAAGCUGCCAGCCGGACAUCCACACAUGAGCCACAGCCUGCACCCAGCAAAGCUGCCAGCCCGACAUCCACACAUGAGCCACAGCCUGCACCCAGCAAAGCUGCCAGCCCGACAUCCACACAUGAGCCACAGCCUGCACCCAACAAAGCUGCCAGCCCGACAUCCACACUGUGCUGAGAGAGAUGAGUGCUCUGGUGGCGGAGCAGAGAGUGGAGCUCAGAUACACCAAGACACAAAUGAAGGCCAUGGAGACCAGACUGAGUGACAGACUGAGUGCCAGUGAGAAGACAGUGGAGGCCAUGGAGAUCAGACUGAGAGCCAGUGAGAGUCUGGUGGAACGACUAAAGACUGAAAAUAAGGCUCAGUACAUGAAUCUGAACCUCACAGGGAGUCAGGUGGAGGAGCUGAGGAGGGAGAGAGAGGAGAGGAGGGUCUUUCUCUGCCUCACUGCUAGCAUCUGGUAGAGGAGAUACGGGACCUUUUUCAGUAGCAACUCCUGUGGUCUACAGACACAUUUUCACUAACGUUGGAAAUGCCUACAACCCAAACACAGGUGUUUUCACAGCUCCAGUCAGAGGGGUUUACCACUUUGUUUUGUUUGUAUAUGGUCAAGGUCAUGUAUCUAGACCUACAGCAGUUUCUCUUCAUAAAAAUGGAGAGCAUGUUGUCCUUGCCUACAGUCAUCAUACAAUCGGCGGUGAAAAAGGAUCAAAUGGAGCCUCUCUGCUGCUGGAGGUGGGAGAUGUGGUCUAUGUGAUGUGGCCCACGAUUGGGUGCACGAUAGUCAGGACCAUCACACCACCUUCUCUGGCCACCUGCUCUUCCCCAUGUCCAGAGUCCAGAGUGGAAUCACAUCAGGAAUGUAAUAUUCAAUAAGAUCCACAUUACCUACACCGACAGAAAGGUCGGGCAUAUAUUUAGGGCAUGGGCAAUUACAUUUGAAUGUUGUUUUAGAGUUACAACUUUUGUAAUACUAUUGUUUGUUUUAUUCUAACAAGAAGGUGUGUGUGAUCCUUGUGAGAUUGUAAUAUACUUACUGAGAGAGGAACAUGGAAUGUGGAAUGCACAUAUAGAUGCAGAAAUGUCAAUGCUAUGUAAUCAACUCAUUUUAUUAAGAUAGUUUUAUUUUGUUUUUACAUUUUUUUGUUUUCUGAUAAAUAAUCUUCCAAUGUUUAUCAUGUUUGGUGUGUGAGUCUAUGACAGUAGCAGGUGGAAGACUGUUCUUAGUUAUGGUAUGAGGAGUAUCCACAAUGAAGUCGUGUGUGGUCAAUCAUGGAGCAAUGGCUUCACACUGCUUCACCUCUCCACAACUGGAUGAUGCAUUAUCAGGACGAGA